AUGAUUAAACAACAGCAACCACAGCAACUUAAGGCACAGACCAUUACUUACGCCACAUAUGCAUAUAAUUCAAAGACGGCAGAACAAACGCAAAGGUUGAAAUAUGGAGAUUUGGAGAUAGUAUUGAAAAAUGACCAUUUUGAAUUCGUUUGCAAGGGUGGUGCAGUGAUAUCAAAUAUAAAAGAAAUUUUAUUUAUGAAUUCAAAAAUUAAAGGAAUAACGGAUGAUAUAACAUCAAUUCCACCAGAAGAACAAAGAUAUUACGCAUUAAAUGCAUUUCCUAAAGUUUUGAAGAUUGGAAGAUUUAAUUUAAAUGAGGAAUUCAUAGAAGGUUUCCUAAAUGACAUAAUGAAGAAGGCAGAUAAGGAAUAUGUGGAUAGUGAGUUAAUGAAGAAGGCAGAUAAGGGACUUGUGGCUAGUGCAUUAAUGAAGAAAGCAGAUAAGGAAUAUGUGGAUAGUGCAUUAAUGAAGAAAGCAGAUAAGGAAUAUGUGGAUAGUGAGUUAAUGAAGAAGGUAGAUAAGGAACUUGUGGCUAGUGCAUUAAUGAAGAAAGCAGAUAAGGAAUAUGUUAAUGAAAAAGAUAAUGAAAUUAUCGAAAGGGUUGAAUGGUACCAUGAACGGACAUCGAAGAUUUUAAAAACUAAAGCUGAUACAGGAUGGGUUUCAGAAUGUUUAGACCUUAAAGCAGAUAAAACUUAUGUUAACGAUGAGUUAGAGAAGAAAGCAAAUAAAGAAUAUGUGAAUGAAAUAUACCAAAGUUUGAUAGGAACAACUAAAAAUAUUGAAACUAUUGCUGGUGACUUUUCCGUCUAUGAAGAAAAUAAAUAUUUUAGAGGGCAAUUGGUACAUUCCUUAAAAAAUGGUAUGCGGUGUAAACUCAUUCCGAAAAAUAACAAUGAAAUGUAUGUAAGUUAUAAAAAGAAUGAUGACACACAAGUUAAAGUUCCAUUAGACAACAACUGUUACUUAAACUUAUAUGGAGACGAACAAAAGAAAUAUUUAAGAGUUUAUGAAAUGACGGAUAUGACAUUGUCUAACGUAGCUCCAGCACC